UCUUUAAAAAGACUCCGCCCUGUAACAGCAGCGGCACCAUUUUGUUUCAUCUUGCAUUACAGUCGACGGUUGAGGGGAUAGAAAGAAAAAAAUAAAAUAAGAAAGAAUAGGUCUGCAAUCUUCCUGCGCAAAUUAAACUAAAACUGUCGACAUGAGCGGAUGUCGUAUCUUCAUCGGCCGCCUGAGCCCGUCGGCCCGAGAGAAGGAUGUGGAGCGGUUUUUUAAAGGAUACGGCCGCAUUCGGGACAUUGACCUAAAGAGAGGCUUCGGCUUCGUGGAGUUUGAUGAUCCCAGAGAUGCUGAAGAUGCUGUGUAUGAACUCGAUGGCAAAGAGUUGUGUAAUGAAAGGGUCACCAUUGAGCAUGCUCGUGUGCGUCUGCGGGGGGGCCGCGGGCGAGGAGGCGGCGGCGGUGGAGGACGUUUCUCUGACCGCUACGGUAGAGGUUCCCAAAACAGUCGGAGCCGAAACCCUCCUCCGAUGCGCACUGAGAACCGUCUGAUUGUGGAAAACUUGUCCUCUCGCGUCAGCUGGCAGGACCUGAAGGAUUUCAUGAGACAAGCUGGAGAGGUGACAUUCGCAGACGCACAUCGCCCAAAACUCAACGAAGGGGUGGUUGAGUUUGCCUCUCAUAGUGAUCUGAAAAAUGCCCUUGAAAAACUGUCUGGAAAGGAAAUCAAUGGAAGGAAAAUCAAACUUAUUGAAGCUUCCAAAAAGAGGUCGAGAAGCCGUUCCCGUUCGGACAGCUCGUCCCGCUCGCGCUCCCGUUCCCGUUCCCGCGGCCGCUCCCAGUCCCGCUCCCCCAGACGUUCCCGGAGCCCCGCCAAGGCCCACCACCGCUCCCGCUCCCGCAGCGGCACGCCGGCGCACGGCGCCUCCUCGCCCAGCCCCAAAUCAAAGGACCCCAAACGCUCGUCCAAAAACAGCAAAUCAGUAACGCCGUCCUCGCCGCCGCCGGCUCAGAGGUCGUCCAGAUCCCGCUCUCGUUCAAGAUCCCGUUCACGCUCCCGUUCUCGCUCCAGAUCACCACGAUCCCGCUCUCCUUCUACUGACAGUCAACGCUAAACUGGUUUAAAAAUAAAAAAGUAACUAGAAAACUCCCGAUGCCUCCUGGGAAAGCGAAGAGAUGAGGUUUCUUUACAGAUUUUCGUCUCCUUUUUGGAUUGUUCUUGUGACUGUCCUCAAGUUAUUUUUUACCAACCAGGCGCAUCUGAAACAAUUAGCUGUCGUUUUUCCAUUAUUAAUUGGCAGGAUUUUCCCAGAAUGCUUUUGAACUCGGAGUGACGCCUCACAUCUAAUCUGCUUAUACACGUGUUAUAACACAGCAGUACAGUUUUUCAAAGUGAGCCACCAUAAACCUGGCUGAAUUAUGGGACCCGGUCAUCACAUCUUUUUUUUUUCUUUUUUUUUUCCUUCCUUCAGAAUUUUUUUUUUUUGUUUUUUGUUUUCCAUCCAACCUCACAUAAAACAUGCUUGAAACUAAAAUACAAAACACAAAUUUUCUUUUCAUUGGCAGCUUCCCUUCCAGGCUCACAACUGUACAGCUGCAGAUUAUUCCACUGGUUUAUAACCUGUAUAUUCUCUUCAUGUAUGCUCGUUUUUUGUUUUUUUUUUAUUAUGUCUUUUGUACAGAGGCAAAACUCUUGAGGAUGAAGCUAACCCUUCAGUUGCUCUCUGUGAGCAAUGAUGUUGCUUAUUGGAGUGAUAUUUCUUAAAUUGGGGAUUUAUGUACAUACUGCAGCCUUCUGCUAAGUGUUGAGACGUGUACAUGUUACCGCUAGGGUACUCUGACAGACGUUACUGUGUGUGUACAUAUAGACAUGAAUCUGAGGGAAAAAGUUUUUUGUUUUUUGUUCUUUUGUACAUGAGGAUUUUUAUUUUCAGUGAAGAUAGAUGUUUGUAUGGUGCAUUGAAAAUAGACUUGAUGAAUAAAUCGAUUUUAAUAAACCAUAA